AACCAAAAAAAAAGGAAAUCGUCGCACGCGCGAAAUCACAAAAGUGAAUUUACACGUAAGAAACAAACUGACCGGUUACAAAAUUCAAAUCAAAACUCCAUUUGAAAUCUGAUAUGUAAGAUUCAGAAACCCAGAGAGAGUGACUGAACAGACCCAAGCCCUAGCCCUAGCCGCCUCCCUCCGACAGCCACUGACAUCGCUCGCCGUUCCUUCCUCCUCCCCAUCUCAGGUCCUUUUGGGAGAUUUAGUGCUUAUACAAGGUUCUAUAAUGAAGAAAGAUGGUAGGAGUAGAAUAAAUUGGAUCUUUGAGAACUUUGUUACUUUCCUCCGCAAAUGUACUUUUCGUGUACUCUCUGUUGGUCCCAUUCCUGAACAUAUUGCAUACAUCAUGGAUGGAAAUCGUAGAUAUGCAAAAAAGCAGAAUAUGAUUGAAGGGACUGGACAUAGAGUUGGAUUUUUGGCUCUCAUGUCCAUGCUUAAGUACUGCUAUGAGAUGGGUGUGAGAUAUGUAACAAUUUAUGCCUUCAGCAUUGAUAAUUUCAAACGACGUCCUGAAGAAGUUCAAUCUUUGAUGGAUCUGAUGCAGGAAAAAAUUGAAGGGUUGAUGGAGGAAGAGAGCAUUGUAAAUCGCUAUGGAGUUAGGGUGCACUUUUUGGGGGACCUAAAAUUGUUGAGUGAACCUGUCAGAUUGGCAGCAGAGAGGGCAAUGGUGGCCACUGCCAAUAACUCCAAGGCGGUCUUGUCAAUAUGUGUUGCCUACAAUUCGACCAAUGAGAUUGUGCAUGCCGUAGAAAAAGCAUGUGAAGAAAAGUGGGAGGAGAUUAGUUUACUGAAUGCAAGUGGAUCUGGGUAUGGCUUAAUAGGACUUGAAUGUAUUGAAAAGGAUGAAAGGGAGAACCUUAUUAAAUUAAUAGAUAUUGAAAAGCAUAUGUAUGUGUCAGUUGCACCUGAUCCUGAUAUCUUAAUCCGUACUUCUGGUGAGACUCGCUUAAGUAAUUUUCUUCUCUGGCAGAGUGCAUACUGUUACUUGUACUCAACACCUGUCCUUUGGCCAGAGAUUGGUUUUCGGCAUCUCCUUUGGGCAAUCUUGAACUUCCAACGGAAUCACUUUUAUUUGGAGAAGAAAAGGAAACAAUUGUAAAUCUUGCAGUGGGUGGUUACCUGCCUUUGGGACAACAAUAUGAUGGUACCAGUUGAUUCUUUUUCUUCAAUCAAAUUUUGUAACAAAAUCAGAUAUGAACAUGGACUGGGGCCUUUUUAUUUUUUUUCAGUGUCCUUGUCCCGGUAGUUACUUGAGGAAUGUAGAAAGUGUACGGAUAUUUUCUUUUAAUACCAUAUGAUGUGUUAUGGUCUUCCAAAUGUUUUAGAUGAUACAUUGAUGUAUAUAAUUGCUAUUGUCAUUGUGAGGUCAUUGUGACAGAUGCUUUGAUUGGAACAAAGGAAAUCAUUGCAUUAAUGUACAUUCUUGUCUGGCAUGCAAUGACGACAUUAAGAUUUUGAUGUUGUAUUUA